CUUCACCAAUCUCCAGAGGCCUCUUCCAUUGAAGGGGCCUGCAGAACACAUGAAUGUUCAGUGAAUGAGACAAUGCUGUUACGGAUGGAAGUGGCAAGUGUAUUAAUGGACACAAGGUUGUAUUUGAAAGUAGGAACAAACAACACUUUGUGUAAUACAAUAGCAGCAAAGGGAGAAAGCAGCACUCGAAUACAGAGACACAAAGUUAACUUCGGCAAUUUAUCGAACAGAGAACCAGCACGACGAAUCAAAAGGAAAAGGGAAAAAAAUACCCGACAUGAGGGCCAUAUUUUGUGGCAAUCUGGAGUUUGAAGCCCGCCAGUCAGAUGUUGAGCGGCUUUUCAAAAGAUAUGGGAAGGUUGAUAGGGUGGAUAUGAAAUCUGGUAUACCUACCAUUUUCUUCAUGUUGUUUUCUAGUUAUUUUUUGAAAGGAAGCAAUCUCUUAGAGAUAUAAGCCUAAUGAGUCAGGGUAAACUGUGUGUUUCCAUUUGUUUCCAGGAUGCCUAUCAUGCUUGAUGAAGGACUAGCCCAUGAUUAUGUAGAGAAGUUCUUGCCGUAUUUAUAAAUGAAUCUGUUCCUUUUUAAUAGUUUUCUCCAUAUACAUGUAUGCUGUUGACCCAUGGAAAUUGAAGUUUUCGGUAUUUGUUCCGAUAGAUGGCUUUAUGUUUAUUGAAUUGCAUCCUCGUAAAAGUCAGCUGAUAUCUUCUUUCUGCUUGUUGGAAAUGUUCUCUCUAAAUUGUCUUACCUGGAGAAAAAGCAUGUUAUUUAGUAGUUGUACUCCCAUCUCAAUAAUUUCUUUGGCGCAGGAUACUUGGAUAUUCCUAGAUCUUCCUGGAUGAAGGAUUCUCUGCGUUUCUUUUUUUGGCUUGUGGUCAAGAUACAUGCUCUUAUGUUUAUUAAAAGAAUCAAUAUGAUCUGCCAUGAUUCUACCAUCAUACAAUUUACUGAGACCAUUGCCUUUUGCUUUCCUCAUGACCUUGCUCAGUCCUCGAUAUCCGACAUGUUUCAACAUAGAUAGCAUGACCACCUCUGAUCCAGUUGCUGCUGUUGAGUUCCUUCGUACAGAUUUUUCUUUCCCCUUUCCCCCUUCCCCCUCAUUUGUGGGGGUUUUGGGUGGAUAUGCUUUUGUUUAUAUGGAGGACGAGCGAGAUGCUGAUGAUGCAAUUAGAAGACUUGAUAGGAUAGAGUUUGGUAAAAAGGGACGCAGGCUUCGUGUAGAAUGGACCAAGCAGGAUCGUGGUAGUAGGAGGCCUGAAAUUUCCAGAAAACCUGCUGCGAAUACUAGACCUUCAAAGACUUUAUUUAUAAUCAAUUUUGAUCCGGUUCAUACUCAGACAAGGGACAUAGAGAGGUAUUUUGAACCAUAUGGUAGAAUAUUAAAUGUUCGAAUCCGAAGGAAUUUCGCGUUUGUUCGGUAUGAGUCAGAGGAUGAUGCUAGCAGAGCAUUACAAGCAACAAACAUGAGCAAGUUCAUGGAUCGAGUUAUUUCUGUAGAAUUUGCAACUCGAGACGAUGAUGACAGGAGAAAACGUCACAGUCCUGACAGAAGAGGUCGUGACAUGUCACCUGACCGAAGAGGUUAUGACCGUCGGCGUUCACCUAGCCCAUAUAGAAGGGAUAGGGGUAGUCCCGACUAUGGGCAUGGAGCACGGCUAAUCUCAAGGCUUCAGACCAGGAGAAGUCCUGAGUAUGGCCGAGCAGAAAGCUCCGUCAAUGAGAGACAUCACAGUCGUUCACCACCGCGACGCGAGAGGUCUCGACCUUGAGAAGAAAACUUCCAAGCAAGAAGUAUCAAGAUGUCGUUUUGUGUCGUCUGUAGGUCACAUUGUGGUUUGGAAUUUCUAGUUUUCAAUCUUACGUAUUCAACCUGCUGACUUCUUACUGUGUUGUAGCAUUUUGUACGUUAGUUUGAUUUUGAUUUUUCAUUCGAGUAUGUUGUGUGCACUGAAUACUGAUAAUGGAAAUACUACUACACAAUACACAUUGCUGUGCAUUAGCUGAGGUGUGUUUGGUUAAAGGA